GACCUAAAUAUAUCUAGUGGUGUUCAACAUUGAAAGGAAAUUUGGUCAAAUUUUAAUUUCCAACAAGAUGCCUGGUGGAACUGUCAUCAAUGCCUUUGGAACUCAGAAUAGAUAUGGUGCAAAACCACCUGAAAAUGGAAGUUUUCCUAUUGACCACAAAGGUGAAUGUAAGGAGUACAUGAUGGAGUUUAUGAAAUGUUUAAAGACAAAUGAUAAUGACAGUUCAAAGUGCCGAAUGCAAUCAAAAGAAUACCUUGGAUGUAGGAUGGACCACAAUCUUAUGGAACGAGAAAGUUGGAAGAAGCUUGGUUUUGCUGAUCUUGUGAAGGAUGAAUGACUGGACAUUUCCCAUUUCAAUUAUAUCAUGAGACAGUCAUUGUAUAAUUAUAAGUGAUCAUACAUUAAGAAUCAUCUAACUUUCAUUUUUGAAGAAUGAUAGAACAUAUACCAUUUAGAAUCAAGAGGUGACAGUUAUAGAGAACAUGUCAAAGAAAAUUAGAAUGUUCAUUGUAAAGGCUGGUUAUAAUUUUUGAAAUGAAAGAAUACUUAAUUGUUGUGUGAUGUUCAUUAUAAUCUUAAAAGGAAUUUUUUUUGCAAUAGUGUCCUGUGUGGAAGACAAUAAACAUUCUCUUUGUCAUUUUCAUUAUUUGAAAAUCUAAGCUAAUUUUCAAGACUGUGUCAUCUUAAUGCUGAUCUUGAGGAACUGCCAGUUGUAACUGGAGAGAUAAAGAUGUGUAAAUCUGUGGCAGAGUGGCUGACACACAGCACCACUGUGGGUUUGAAUCUCAAAUUUAAACAUUGAACCUUUCUCGGUGUAUGUGAGAAAGCUAUCUAUUAAAGGUUGGCGAUUCUACCAAGAUGCCCGUAGACAUGUUCCUAUAUGAUACAGGUUAUGUGUGAAGAUGUUAAGUGUGUUUCUACACCAGUUAAUGCUGAAACAUGAGCAACACACCAAUCUCCACCUUAGUUUUUUAUCAGAGGAAAUGAAUAUGCAUAAAUUAUUAAUAUAUACUAUUUAUAAAUUUGUUGUGUGAGAAAAAAUACAGUAGAUUCUUCUUUCAGAAAUAUUACAGGAAACUGGACAAUUUGUUUUGCAAUAGCAAUGUUUAUUUUUUAGCUCAACUAUUCGAUAAGAAUAAGUUGAGCUAUUGCAGUCACCCGAUCGUCUGUGUCGGCGUCUGUGUCAGCGUAACCACUUAUGUUAAAGUUUUUGUAAUAGUUCAAAUAUUUUCAAAGUCCAUUGACAUAUGGCUUUGAAACUUUGCACACUUGUUCACCAUCAUGACCCCAACGUGUAGACAGGAGGAGGUAACUCUAUCAAGCAUUUUGACAGAAUUAUGCCCCUUUUUUGACUUAGAAUUUAUGUUAAAGUUUUUGUGAUACCUCAAAUAUUUUCAAAGUUCAUUGACAUAUGGCUUUGAAACUUUGCACACUUGUUCACCAUCAUUACCCCAACCUGUAAACAGGAGGAGGUAACUGUAUCAAGCAUUUUUUUUUACUAUCAAGCACUAAGAAUAGUCGAGCGUUACUGUCCUACUGACAGCUCUUGUUGAUAUAACAUGUUGUAUAUGUUCAGAGCUAUUAUUUUCUCACAUCUAUACUAUCAGUUUUAAAUAUUUUUGACAGGUUAUUCAACAUUAUAUCAACGGUUGUCUAGCAGCCUGGGUUAUAUUGCAAACAACUGUUUAAAUGCAGUCAUAUAACCUAUCAAGAAUUUUUAUAACAAAUUUUUAACACAGCAAACUUCCUUUUUUAGAGGAAAAAAAAGGUGUGAUUUCUUCAUUUAAAGAUCCUGUGUGUUGUAAUUAAGGUUGUUACCACAUUUAAGUGAAAUUUUAUACAUGUAUAUGUAUAUAAUCAUGCUUAAAAUAAAUGCAUUCAUUUCUUAUUGGAAAAUUUGACUUAGCCUUUAUAGAAAAAACAUUUCUGAUUAUCUCCAUUUAUUAACAUGAAAUGUAAAUUUGGUAAUAUCUUUACAAAUAAUACUUUUUGGAACUUACAAUAUUGAUACAUCUUCAUUUGAACAUUAUAUUUAUGAUAUAAAACAAUAAAAAAAAUUGAGCUGUGUAUAUAAAACUAUAUAAAGAAUGAAAAAUGAUGUUACAAAACAUGCAGUAUAGAUGUUAAUGAUUUCAGACAGAAUAUUUUAAUUCAUUUUUCUUUAUCUUUUUGAACAAAACAUGAUAAGUUUGUUCACAAACUUGUUUUGUUGCUGCACUUAUAAUAUGACAUAAAUAUUUUUUGAUAAGCAUUCGUACUGUAAGACCUUCUUUAACCUAGUUUAACCAAAGCAAGCAAGGCUUUCAGUAAAUUUGUUGACUCAGUUUUUUAAGUUCAUUUUUUAAUUGAAACUCAAUGCAGCCAUACUUUAACAUUUAGUAUGUUGAUAGCAACAUGAAACAAUCUUGACUUCAGUGUUGAAGAGAAAUUACAUUGAUUUUUAUAAAUCAUAAAUAUUUGUGGAGGUUGUAUAUCUUUAUGAAUGGAAGUCUUGGUAACUGAAAGUCUCUUUACUUGUCUAAUUCUUGUUUGUAACUUCAUACAUGAAUAUUUGUACAGUUUAUGUAUGCUUGCUCAUUUAUUUCCUAUGUGACUCACCGGUAUUCUGUAAAUUUAUUUAAUAUGUCCAUGUAAAAAUAUGAUUUUUUUCACUGAAUAAAGAUAUUUAUACAGAUU